AUGAUUCACAUCUGUAUUUUAGCCUUCCUACUUCCUACGGCACUGGGGUCGAUCUUCAGUGACCCUCACUGUUCCGGGGGUAGGAGUGCCAUCACGCACCUGUUCGAGUGGACGUGGUCAGACGUUGCACAGGAAUGUGAGAGGUUCCUCGGACCGUAUGGCUACUGUGGUGUUCAGAUAUCUCCUCCCAAUGAGAACGAAAUUGUCACUAAGCCGAGACGCCCAUGGUGGGAGCGGUACCAGCCAGUCAGCUACAAACUGCAAACGAGGAGCGGUACCGAGCAGGAACUGAAAGACAUGGUGGUCAGGUGCAACAAGGCUGGAGUCAGAAUCUAUGCCGACAUUACGAUCAACGACAUGACCGGUGUGGCUGGUAGAGGUGUAGGCACGGCUGGGUCUUCAUACGACACUAACCAACUGCAGUACCCUGGGGUCCCAUACGGCCCCACAGACUUCAACGACGGCUCCAACUGCCACUCUGCCGACCUCACCAUUCACGACUACAACAAUGCAGAGGAAGUGCGGAACUGCCGCCUGGAGGGUUUAGCGGAUCUGAAACUCGCCAAAGAUUAUGUGAGAGGCAAGAUUGCUGAAUACCUCAACCACCUUGUGGACAUUGGUGUGGCAGGAUUCAGAGUCGACGCUGCCAAACACAUGUGGCCAGGAGACUUAACGGCAAUCUUUGGGAGGGUAAAAGAUCUCCGCUCGGAUAUAUUCGGAAGCGGAAUGAAACCGUUCAUAUAUCAGGAAGUAAUCGACCUUGGAGGUAGUGAGCCUAUCAAGGGAGGCCAGUACCUUAGCAGUGGAAGAGUCACCAACUUCAUCUUUGGUUCCAAACUUGGUCAGGUCUUCAGAAAGCAAAACCCCAUGAAGUAUUUAUCCAACUGGGGAUCAGCUUGGGGAAUGCUGAAAUCUGAUGAUUCUGUCGUGUUUAUCGAUAACCAUGACAACCAGCGUGGGCAUGGUGGAGGUGGAGGUCCGAUCACCCACUUUGAGCCCCGUGCUUAUAAGCUGGCUACAGCCUUUAUGUUGGCCCAUCCAUACGGUUUCCCCAGGGUGAUGAGCUCGUAUGACUUCAACCGAGCCAACCCUGACCAAGGACCACCCCAGAACAGCGACAUGAGUACCAAGCCAGUAACCAUCAAAAGUGAUAUGUCCUGUGGUAACGGCUGGACCUGUGAACAUCGAUGGCGCCAGAUGUACAACAUGGUUGCCUUCAGGAACAUCGCAGGUUACUCGGGGUUAUCAAACUGGUGGGCUGGUUCAGACUAUCAGAUAGCAUUUUCCAGAGGAAACAAGGCCUUUAUUGCCUUCAACCUUGAGGGAUAUGACCUUUCCAAAAGUCUCAACACUGGACUUCCGUCUGGAAGAUAUUGUGAUGUCAUUUCCGGCAACCUUGAGAAUGGCAGUUGUACUGGCAAGACAAUUAACGUUGACGGAAGUGGCCAUGCUUCGAUUCAUAUUGGCAGCUCUGACCAGGACCCAAUGGUGGCCAUCCAUGUCGGUGCCAAAAAGGGUUCGGCAGGAAAGCGAGUUGGUUAA